GAUAUGGAGACAAGUGACGAUGAAGAACUCCACUUGGAAUCACUGCGUGUGACUUGUGCCUGGAAGGGGUCCCCCUCUUUUUGCCCUUCUAGGCCAUGCGUUCCCCGGGACUGCUUUGGGUCUGACCCAACUAUAUAAAAUAUAAAAUAACUUGUCCCCGCUGCCUAAUAGUCCUGUAUCCAGAAAAAAAGAAUUUUCUACUCGUGGGUCCUUUUCUCUCUCUUGCUUUCCUGCUGCAUUCUUGCAUCAUCGCCGUGAGGAACUAGAUACUGGCGCAUCAAUUGCUUCGAGCACACACACACCACCAUUCUCGCAAUAGAGCUGCAGUUUUGCGCGCAUUCUAGAGAAUAGACAGCUAGGAUUUCCGGCCUUCAUCCUCGUCACCAUGCCUCUCAACUACCACGUGAUUGAGCCUCACCCGUCCGUCAGCCGUCCAGCUUUGCACACGGCUCGCGGAGGUGCUGGCAAUGUCAUCAGCCUCAAGAACACCAAAACCACUGACUCCCACAUGGCCACCGGCCCUGCCUCGCUCACUCGUCUUGACUCCCACGUCGCACCCACCUUUAAGUCCGGCCGUGGUGGUGCUGGUAACGUCCACAACAGCAGCGAGCGCGCCAUCUUCAGCUUCGAUGAGGAACUGGAACGCGACCUGCGUCAGGCUGCUCCCGUGUACCACGUUGGCCGUGGCGGCGCCGGAAACAUGAUCUACACCGACAAUGGCAGCAUUCUGUCUCGCAAGUUCUCAGCCAGCAGCCAGGGCUCUGCCCGGAGCGCUGGUUCCUCUACCAGUGACCGAGCUCGCGAUUUUGCUCUCCGGGGCCUGGAGAAGGGUUGGGGAAAGCUGAAGGGCAUGGCAUAGACCAUUUUAUUCUUUGCCUAAUCCUGCCUUGACUUUUCUUUUUCAUCUCUCUCUCUAUAUAUAUAUACUUCAGCCCAUUCCAGCGCAUUAUCCAGCGAUACCCACGGGUCUCACGAGUCUCACGAAUUAACGACAAACCAAAAAAAAAAAAAAAGUUUUCUCCUUUUUUUUUUUUU